AGAAAAUAAUACAAGAUGCGAGAUAAAACGAGCCCAAACCCCGCGAGCCCUGAAGAGGCCAGCGUGAGUUCGGAGGAAUGUCCCUUACCCCGCCCGGUAACCAAGCCGGAUGCCGGCUCCUCCGUGCCUCUGAGGUCUCUGGGAAAUGUAGUUUUUCCAUUCAAAGUCGUGGGCAAAGCGGAUCCCGGCAAUUGCAGCUUCACCACUAUGGAGGUAUUCCACAUCUCUGGACUCCGGUUUGCAGAGGUGCUUCAGACUAGCCUGCCUGGGCUGGAGGAUUUUUGGCUUUGGAUGACCUUCUUGGGUGACCCAAAGAGCGUCAUCAUCAUUUAUUUCCCUCUCGCUUAUUUCCUGCUCGACCGGAAGGUUGGCGUCAAAGUCCUUUGGCUGGGCUUGAUCUCAGAAUGGCUCAACCUAGUCUCUAAAUGGUUUUUGUUUGGUGAACGGCCUUUCUGGUGGAUCUACGAGUCUGGGUUUUCAAGGAAGGAGGAAGUCACCCUCCGCCAGUUCCCUGCAAGCUGUGAAACAGGGCCAGGAAGCCCCUCUGGCCACUGCAUGAUCACAGGCACGGCUCUGUGGCCAGUGGUGACCGCACUGACCGCACGGAUAUCGCAGCACUCCAAAAGCUGGGUCGUGAAGGCCGGGCCCUUUACAGUUUAUCUCGUCUUCCUGCUGGCUGUAGGCCUCUCUCGCAUCUUCAUCCUCGCUCAUUUCCCCCACCAAGUCGUUGGCGGCAUCUUGACAGCGAUCAUCCUGGGCUGGCUGCUAGAAUCCCGCGUCCCGCUAGAGAGGAAACUCAGCUUCUUCAUGUGGGCCUCGCUGUCUCUCUUGCUAAGCGGCAUCGUGACUUAUUGGGCGUUGGUUGCUCUCGGCGUAGAUCUCAGCUGGUCCAUCGGCCUUGCCACCAAGUGGUGCACGAACCCAGAGUGGAUCCGUAUGGAGACACGGCCCUUCUCGUCCCUGUGCCGCGACACGGCCACAGCCCUUGGCCUUGGCCUGGCCUUUCAGUCGUCGUACUACACCCAGCUCAAAGGCGAGAGGCCCGGCUGGCCCCAGAGGCUCUGCUGCGCCGCGCUGUCCCUCGUGGUCCUGCGGCUGCUGAGCGACGUGGCCCAGCCGCAGAACGUGGCUCUUUGGUACGGGCUGAGUUUUGCGAAGUAUGCCAUCUUCCCAUGGGUGGUGAUCGCGCUGCUCCCCAAAGCGUUCCACGCUCUGACCUCCAGCACGGGGCCGCCCCACAGAGAGUAGCCGGCAGGGGAGACAUAGGCAAGGAAGCCCACAGCAACCCUUUGCUUUACCCUCAGGGCUCUGUUCCUCUCAGCGUGAGGUAAGAUUUUUCCAUCAGAGGAGAGAUUUCCUCCAGGAGUAAAACGAGUCUGUUCACUCAGGCUGACC